AUGGAGGAAAUUAUGGGGGAGAUUUUAGUUGUGCCAUUCUUUGGACAAGGCCAUGUUUUCCCAUUAACGGAGCUUUGCAUGAAACUUUCCUCUUUCCGUUUCAAAACUACACUCAUCAUUUCUUCUGAUAUCUCCUCCUCCUUGCUCCGCCACCCAUUCGUCAACGUCCCCGCCCCAUUACCACCGCCUCCUAAACCUGGAAAUUUUGAUCCUCAGCCUCUUAUGUUGCAUUUCAAGCAAAUGAGACUAGGCAUGGAAACUAUUUUAACAACCAGAGUCAAAAACAAGUGUGCAACUUCAGUUGUUUGUGCCAUAGUUGACACCAUGAUGUUGUCACAUAUUGAAGAUAUUUUCACCACAUUUCAGAUACCUAUUGUGGCUUUCUUCACUUGUGGCGCAGCUUGCCUUGCCAUGGAUUAUGCUGCUUGGAAAGGCGAUGCUGAAUACAUAAAACCGGGUGAAACCCGGUUUCUUCCGGGCUUACCUAGUGAAAUGGCCAUGGAUUACGUUGAUAUUGUGAGGAGAUUUAGCUCAGAGGAAGCAUUUGGUGCUGAGAUUUCACGUACAAAGAAGAAAUCAUUUCCGACACAACCUGGUGACGAGCCACCAUGGGUAAAGGUUACAGUUGCAAUUCUUGUGAACACGUUCGUUGAACUAGAGCAACCAUUCUUGGAAUAUUUAGCAAAACAAACAGGACUUCCAAUUUGGGGCGUUGGCCCUCUGUUGCCUGAAAAAUACUGGACGCUCACUGCCUCAAAAUCUAUUCUUCGCGAUCGCGACAUUAGAACAAAUUCUAGUGGAUUCUUGACACAUUGUGGAUGGAGUUCGACUAUGGAAGCGAUUGGACAAGGAGUACCUUUAUUGGCAUGGCCUAUUAGAGGUGACCAAUUUUAUAAUGCAAAGUUGAUAGUGUGUUAUCUCAAAAUUGGUCACAUGGUAUCAUCAAUUGGAGAAAAUAUUGGGUUGAAAAGGGUUAAGAAGGACGAGAUAAUACAAGGGGUUCAGAGAUUAAUGGAGGAUAAACAAGUUCAUAAUCGAGUGAAGGAUUUAAGUGAAAAUUUUAGACGUGGUUUUCCAAUUAGUUCAGCACCUUCUCUGCAUGAUUUCAAGGAUUUUAUUAUGCAAGCAAAGUGA